AUGGAAGAAGCUGAUGACGCAGCAGGAGGGAUGAAGGUCAUUGCUGUUGACCAUGGACGUCCACCUCCUGCCCAGACCCGGUCCACAGGGAAUCAGGAGCCKCUGCACACGUGCCAACUUGAGCGUGUGGGCACGCGGGACACCCACCACCUGCAUGCUGAGUGCCCACUGGGUGGCAGUCCAAGGUCUGCUCCAGAGGACCUGAGCCCCAGCCAGCACCCAGCCAGCAGGCAAAGUAAGUGGCGGAGCUGGGAGUCCCGCUCCAGAGUGGGCGCCGCCACCACCCUGUGCUGCGCGCCCUGGGGAGGUUCCCAGAAGGCGGCCGCUGCUGCCCGCGGUUCCUCCCGGGGACCCACCGCUCCUGCGUCGCCCAGGGCCAGGUCGAAGUCCUCCCCGCCUGGAGGGGCGCGCAUCGGGCAGCAGGAUAGGGGGGCGCUCCCGUUGACAGGACCCGGGCUGCAGCCGGACCGCGAGCAGCCGAGUGCGCGGGUGUGCGCGGGUGUGCGCGGGUGUGUGCAGGUGCGCGGGUGCGCGGGUGCGCAGUGUGCAGUGCGCGCGCCCAGGCACCGCUCAGGGCUCCGGUGGCAGCAGGAGCCGGCGCCGGGACCGCUCCCCCGCCCCCCCCCCCCCCCCCCGGGCGCCCGGGUCUGCGAGCCGCGGCCUCCGAGGCGGGGGCUCCGGGUGCGAGGCCGGAGGCCGGGGGGCGCCCCUCGCCUCGCCCUCCCACGCCCGGCGGCCAGGCUGCGGCGGCACUCACCUUCCCGGGGCCGGGUGCGGGCGGCACUGUCCAGCUCGCCGCCUCCUCCUGGGGCUCCGGGACCCACGGCCGGUCCUGCAGCCGGUGCGACUGCGGCGGGCACUGCGCGGGCGCGAGGGGAGGCCGGGCCUGCAGGACGCGCGGAAGAGGGCGCCGGCCCGCCGGGCGCCGCACAAAACCCCCUUUCUUCACCCCCCACCCGCCCCGCCCUUCCCUGGGGCCACCCCCCGCCCCCUGUCCCGGAACGAGAGGGGCUCGGGGUGGUCACGGGACCCGCUGCCUUCUCUGCGUCGGUUCCCGGCGGCAGCGGAGAGGGCAAGGACAAGCGAAGUAGGACAUCGUUCCGGGGAUWCGAUGAGGACUUGGAGUAG